AUGCUACACAGCGUCAGCAACACCAUGAAUGAAACGGGCACGGUCAAGAUAGAGACUCCAGAUAAGACCGAACAGCUUCCAAGGACAUUUCUAGACCCAGAGGGUGGAACUCCGAUAGCAACCAGCCCCGAUGAAUCAUUGAACAUACAGAGACGCCAGGGAGAAUACAGCCAUCGACCGCCUGUCUGGAAUAUAAGACCGCUCCAAAACGAGCCGCCUGAGCCGUCAGAUUCAGAAGCGAGUCCAAGUCCAGACAUCCGAGCAGCUCAUCGAGAUCCAGCCGUUGCGGACGCAUGUCAGUUUUGCCUGCAGCGACUACCGGACCCAGCUCUGUCGUCUAGCGCCCAAGUCCAGCGUCCUUGUCCAGCACUCGAGAAACCGCCUACGAUGGGGAAAUCUCUGCGAAAGACACUCUCCUUCUUACGAGAUCGGUCCAAACCGUCUACUUCCACCAUCCCGCCUUUCAACGAUAGCCCGAUAACAAACCAAGACCUUAUCCUUCCACGACUCCGGACUCGUGGUAGGCUUCCUGACGGCACAGUCUAUGAGGAAGGCAGCACAGUAGCCACGGAUAGCGAUGGCUCUGCUCCCUCCAGGACUUCGUGGUCCAGGUUUACCGGCUUUGUUGCCGGCCUCCCCUCCCGCCUGAGAGCAUCUACACGGAAAAGAAAAGUCAAAAAGAGGUCUCCUUAUCAAACCGUUGCUACAGACUCCUUGGGCUCCUAG